AUGAUUUUAGUUAAUGACGAAUAUGAUGUGGACGUGUCCAGAAAGCUUGUAGAAAGACGACUGAACGAGGCUCAACUUUUGGGACCGGAAGAAACCACCACUGUCAAAACGCCACAUCAAAAUUCGACUGGCAUUUGCAAAUGCCUGCAGAGACAAAACAGCACAAUUUUGGAUGAAUGUGAAACCAAGAUAAAUACGAUGGGUCCAGAUGGAAAGACAUUUGAACGUCACCCACAAGGUCAAGUACUUAGUCCUAGUUUUAAUUCUUGCUUAACUCACCAGCAACCGUCACUUUGUUGUAAAAACGACGAGCGCGCAGCGGUUAUGGAAACGUGUGCGCAACGAUUGGGCAUAUCUUUCGAAAACCAGAAGGGCGCAACUGCUCUAGAGGAUGUUACUUGCUUCGCUGAGUGCAUUGUUAAAGAGUUGCAGCACCUAUCGGCGCCUGAGAAGAUCAACAUUGAGGCGGUGCAAAACUAUCUACAGACAAAAUCCGGUAAUGAUAGCACCUAUGUGGACACUAUGCUGACAGCCUACAGAAAAUGCGAAUCAGUGGCACAGCAACGAAUGCAGGUGAUCAAGCAACAUUCGCUCGGUGGUGGCGUGUUCGCACUUCGGAGGUGUAGUCCCUUCUCCGGCAUACUGCUCAGUUGUGUUCACAUGGAGUACUUCAUGAACUGCCCGGCGAAUCGUUGGACCGAAAAUGCGGAUUGCGCUUUGGCGAAACAAUUUGUUACACAGUGUGCUAUCGGCACCGUAUGAACAUAUUUACCAAACAUAUAUAUAUAUAUAUACUAUAUGUAUAUCGUGAUCUAAAAUGCAAAGUAAUGAACAUAACAUUUUCAUAAAU